AAUAAAUCUUGUGUUUUGUGAUUAUAUUAUUUUAUUUUUAAUAUUAUUUAAGAUAAAUCGAAACUAACGAGAAAACGAAAAUGGCAGAUGCAAACGUAUUUCAUACACGAACACUAGGUUCUGCUGUGGAAGGUGUUCGAGAUCAAUACGCUGACGGUGUUGCAGCUAAAGUAUGGGAAAUAUUUAUCGGUGAUAAAAAUUCACGAACACAGAAUUAUAAAAAUUUCUUAAUUGGUUUAUUAACACAACAUGGAUGCAAACGUAUUUUGGAUGUAGCAUGCGGUACCGGUGUUGAUUCAAUAAUGUUAUUGGAGGAAGGAUUUUCUGUAACAUCAGUAGAUGCUUCUGAUAAAAUGUUAAAAUAUGCAUUGAAAACAAGAUGGAAUCGUAGAAAAGAAAAGGCAUUUGAUAAUUGGGUGAUUGAAGAAGCAAAUUGGUUAACAUUAUAUGAUGAUGUAACAGCAGCUGGUAUACUUGGUGAUGGUUUUGAUGCAGUAUUAUGUUUAGGCAAUUCAUUUGCACAUAUGUUAGAUUCAUUUGGUGAUCAACGGGAACAAAAAAUUGCAUUACAAAAUUUCGAGAAAUGUGUAAAACCAGGUGGAUUUUUAUUGAUUGAUCAUCGUAACUAUGAUCAUAUUAUCGAUACCGGGUAUACACCAGCGAAAUGCAUAUAUUAUAAUAGUAAACAUAUGACCGAUAUUAAAACAUCCGUACUAUAUGUAAGUGGUCGUCCUGCUCUAGUAACAUUGGAUUAUAUGAUAAAUAUGUCGAUGGAUCGUACUAAAGAUGAUCAACAAGAAUUAGAAGAACAUGGACAAAAUGAUCAUUAUAAUGAUGAUACAAUAAGUGAAUUUCGUCUAUCAUAUUAUCCUCAUCGCUUAGAACGUUUUAAAGAUAUGCUAUUAGAAACAUUCGGUAUGCAGGCCCCACAUAUCUUGUACGGGGACUUUAAAAGUUUAGAUGAAAUUCAAACACCUGGAUUUUAUAUACAUUUUAUACAAAAACCAACGAAUAAUCAACAUCAUAGUUUUAAUCGAUUUUAAAUAAAAUUAUUAAUUAAU